UAUAAACAUAUAGCUAUAUGUGAAGAACCUCCAUCAGCAAUUUAUAACACGAAGCAAAGAAGAAACCAUGGAAAACACAAUCCUCUAUGCGGUCCUCCUCCCUGUCCUCUCUCUGGUUAUUCUCUACUUCUUCCUAACAAGAGAACCCAAGAACCUCCCUCCAUCCCCUCCUUCUCUCCCCAUCAUUGGCCACCUCCACCACUUGAAAUUGCCCCUUCACAGGACCUUUCACAGCCUCUCCACUAAGUAUGGCCCCAUCAUGACCCUCCGGUUCGGUGUCCGUCGGUUCCUGGUCGUGUCGUCGCUGCCACUGGCCGAGGAAUGCUUCACCAAGAACGACAUCGUGCUCGCCAACCGCCCCAAGCUGUUCAAAAGCAAGCACCUCGGCUACAACCACACCACCCUCAUCUCGGCGCCCUACGGCGACCAUUGGCGCAACCUCCGGAAGAUCGCCACCAUCGAGGUUCUCUCGUCACACCGCCUCAACUUGCUCUCCCACGUCCGGAGGGACGAGAUCCGGCGGCUGUUGCUCCGGCUGGCCCGGGGCGGGUUCCAGUCCCACCACCGGGUCGAACUCAAGACUCUCUUCUCAGAGCUGACGUUCAACAUCAUGAUGAGGAUGAUCGCGGGGAAGCGGUACUACGGCGAGGGCGUGACCAUCGACGAGGUCGAGGCAAGGGAGGCGAGGAAGAUGAUUAAACAGAUCGUGGGGACUGGCGGGUUAAGUUACGUUGGCGAUUUCCUGCCCAUACUAAAGUUGGUCGAUUACAAUGGGGUCAAGAAGAGGGUGGUGGAGCUGAAGGAGAAGAUCGAUGCGUUCAUCCAGGGCUUGGUCGACGAGCACCGGAGGAAGAAGGGCGACCCAGAGCUCGCGGACAGCAUGAUCAGUCAUCUCCUGCGUCUACAAGAGUCUCAGCCGGAAGACUACUCGGACUUCAUGAUCAAAGGGCUUGUCUUUGUGUUGUUAGUUGCGGGAACAGACACGUCAUCGCUUACAUUAGAAUGGAUAAUGGCAAAUUUACUAAACAAUCCUGAAAAGUUAAAGAAGGCCCAAGACGAGAUUGAUUCUGCUAUUGGCCAUGAUCGUCUGGUAGAAGAAUCGGAUGUUUCAAAUCUACCUUACCUUCAAUGCAUCAUCUUUGAGACCCUUCGACUAAACACGACAGCGCCACUUCUUGUCCCGCAUGCAUCAUCGGCUGAUUGCAACAUAGGAGGAUAUUUCGUUCCACGUGACACUAUUGUAAUGGUGAAUGCAUGGGCUAUUCAUAGAAAUCCUGAGUUGUGGGAGGACCCAUUGAGUUUCAAGCCCGAAAGGUUUGAGGGUAGUGGCGGCGAAAAGCAACAUAAGCUAAUAUUGCCUUUUGGGCUGGGACGGAGGGCAUGCCCUGGUGCAACCCUCGCCCAACGGGUCAUGGGGUGGACAUUGGGUUUGCUGAUUCAAUGUUUUGAUUGGAAAAGAGUCAGCAAAGAAGAGAUUGACAUGAGGGAAGGCCGAGGAACUACCAUGCCGAAGGUAGUACCGUUAGAAUUAAUGUGUAAAGUACGCCCUUUUAUGGAGAAACUCGUCCCUAAAGAUUGAGUUGGUCGACUAGUUUGUGCUAAAUGGUUGGUUGACAUGCUGUCAAGUUAUAUGUAGUAAGAGUCCGCAUUCGUUCUUUGACUUUCAGCUUUUGUGUAUUUACAUAAUUUUCUUAUUUGUUUUUGAACAUUAUAGAGGAGGUUCCUAGUGUGAAGAAGAUGGUGCUAUUGGUGGCUCUUGUACUUACUUGAACCUAGUAUUACUUUUCUUGAACAA